AGAUCUACGCUUUGAAAUGAGGCAACAUCCAACUGGAAACCCGCUCAAAGUAAGGAAGUGGGUGAAAAGACUCAGGGUCUCUUUUCUCUUCCCAGUCUUCUCUCAGCCACAUCUCUCUUAUCCGAUCUUGGUGAAGAAGUUUGCUUGGCUAGGAGAAAGGUCAGGGACGAGAAGAUAGUGACGAGAAAGUUCCAUGAAACUCUCAGAAGUCCCAGCCUGAACAUCAAACCUGAAUAACCAGGAGAGACGUAACUUCAGCAUACUUUCAGUGGUUUUCCUCCUGCCCACGCUGCAGGUUUUUCAGGUCCUUGCUGGAGUGUGCGCUCACAGGCAUAAAUAAACGUGCUAUCAGCAGCCUGCGUCAGCCAGCCCAGCUAUUUAAGCAGGCUGGCAUCAGCAAACACUGCUUCCAAACCCAGGGCUUGCCUUUGCCUCUUCCACCGCGCCAGGACCAUGUCGGCGGAGACCGCGACCGGCCCCACGGAGGACCAGGUGGAGAUCCUGGAGUACAACUUCAACAAGGUCGACAAGCACCCGGAUUCCACCACGCUGUGCCUCAUCGCGGCCGAGGCCGGCCUUUCCGAGGAGGAGACCCAGAAAUGGUUUAAGCAGCGCCUGGCAAAGUGGCGGCGCUCAGAAGGCCUGCCCUCAGAGUGCAGAUCCGUCACGGACUAAGGAGAUGGCAGGCACUGACAGCUUCACUCCAUGAAGGCCAUCUGCUGUUUCUCUCCUCUGCUUAACCAAGCUAUUGUGGUUUUUCAGCAUAGUGUUGUAUGUUCCGUUGCUAGCUGUCCUGCUAUUUAACAGUGUUGUAUUUUUUUCUAAAUGUACAUAGUUAGAAAAGAAAAUAACAAUAGGAAGCUACAUGUAUCUUCUGUGUAAAGCAGUGGCUUCACUGGAAAAAUGGUGUGGUUUGCAUUUCCCCUUGAGUCAUGAUGACAGAUGGUGUGAAAACCAUCUAAGUUUGCUUUUGACCAUCACUUCCCAGUAACAAUUUGCUUUCAUAAUCCAUUUGGCAAUCCAGGCCUCUGUUGAAAAGAUAAUAUGAGGGAGAAGGGAACACAUUUCCUUCUGCACUUACUUCCCUAAGUCACUUUCCUUAUGUUUCAUCUAAUACAAUGAUGGUUGAGUUAAAAUACAGAAGGGGUGUUUGAGUAUUCAGAUUUCAUAAAACACUUCCUUGGAAUAUAGCUGCAUUAACUUGGAAAAAAGCCUGUUAGGCUGGAAGACAGAAACUCCAACUGGCAAAAAAGCAAGGAUCUAAGAAAAAAAACCACCAAAGGUCUUGAAUUCACUGUAUUUAAAUGCAUUGGUUAAGUUUAUUUUGCUAAAUAAAGUGAACUACUUUUUGUCUCUAAAAUGAUAUUCUAAAUAAAACCUUAACUUUUUGUUGAAGA